GCCAUGGAGGCGGCGCCGCGCGUCGCCUUCGGGGUCAUCGCCGACAUCCAGUUCGCGGACGCCGAGGACGGGCACGACUUCGCCGGCUGCCGGCGGCGCUACUACCGGCACAGCCUGCGCCUGCUGCGGGACGCGGUGCGGGCCUGGGCCGCCGAGAGCCCACCGAUCGACUUCGUGCUGCAGCUGGGCGACAGCAUCGACGGGCUGAACGCCCGGCGCGGCGAGGCCGAGGGCGCCCUGCGGCAGGUGCUGGAGGCCCUGGGGCGGCUGCCGGUGCCGGUGCACCACGCGUGGGGCAACCACGAGCUGUACAACUUCAGCCGGGCCCGGCUGGCGCAGAGCGGGCUGUGCAGCCGCCCCGCGGGGGGCGCGGCCGGGCCCGCGGACGGGCUGUGCCAGGCCUAUCACUGCAGCCCCGCCGCGCGGCUCCGCCUCGUCGUGCUCGACGCCUACGACCUGAGCAUCCUGGGCAGGGACCCCGACAGCCCCCGCUACCAGGAGUCCCUGCGGCUGCUGCGGGACAAGAACCCCAACGAGGAUCUCAACAGCCCCGCAGGGCUCAAAGAACCUCAGUUUGUAGCAUUUAAUGGAGGAUUUAGCCAAGCCCAGCUGGACUGGUUCAAUGAAGUCCUCAAGUUCUCUGAUGAAAACCAAGAAAAAGUUGUAGUUAUGGGUCACCUGCCCAUUCACCCCGAUGCUUCGGACAGGGUGUGCCUGGCCUGGAAUUAUGAAGCUGCCCUGUCUGUCAUCCACUCCCACCGGUGCGUGGUCUGUGUCCUCGCGGGGCACCUGCACGACGGGGGGUACUGCCAGGACUCCCAUGGAGUUCAUCACCUCACCUUGGAGGGGGUAAUCGAAACGCCCCCAGAAAGCAACGCUUUUGGGACUGUUUAUGUCUACGAAGAUAAAAUGGUACUAAAGGGAAGGGGCAGAAUUGCAGACAGAGUUAUGCAGUUCUGAAAUGCCAGGUAAAUGCAGAUUGCUCUUCAGGAAGGACUCGGGAUAAAAAUGUAGGGGAUUCAGCUCACUGGUUGCAGAAAGGCGCAUGGCUGAUCCUUAUUGCUUUAGCUCAGGCAGGCAUUUUUCUCUUGGAUACAGGAUUUUAGAAAUUACGUUUCUGUAAGGAAAGCCUGAUUUCCUUGUGGAAAAUAGAGAAGGCCAGUAACUGAAAUACUUGAACGCAGAAUAUUGACUUGAAACACCCAAUCCAGACUGGAUUGUUACUGUGAAGAGAUGCAAACCAUAUUAUGAAUAUUGUCAAAAAAACACCCCGUUAUCCUCUCAGUGAGCAUUAAAGCGUGCAGAGUUGUA